AUGCGAUCUGUUCUCCUUACUUUCUUUUCUGUUGCCUCUGCUACUGGUAGUAGCGGCAUCCAUACCUUGUAUAAACGGACUUCGUUGGGUCCCAUCGCAACAGAUAAUCCUAGUGGCAUUACUGGUGGUCAGAUCACCUGUGCAGCUACUCCCGUGAACUCAUUCUUUGAGGGGUUUGAGCCUCCAUUCCCAACAAACGGGUGGUGGGCGCCUUAUGCCGCUCCUCCAGGGAACGCAACUGCCGCGGGACCCUUCCCGUACGAAUCAGCCCUAGAUGGGGACGGGUUUGUGUUUGGCUUCAGCACAAACCGCCAAUUUGACGGGGCAUCUAUUAAGCAGCCAACGCAGACAGAUUGGCGUGUGUGUUUUACUGAGCAUUCGGGAGAGUUCAGUAAUCAUAAAGCGACUGCAUGGGAUACUCAAACCGUUACCUUAGAGUAUUUCGAGAGUGACGCUUCCAUGACGGUGUAUGGCGUUCCGGGGUCACCAUACAUUACGUUUCAGUUUAACCAGUCGACCCCAUUGUUAACACCGAUGAAUGGGGGGAUCCAAUCAUUCAACAGCAAGCCGCUCGUGGAUGGCGGAAAUGUGACUGCCACCGGAACGGAGUUUACUGUGACUGAUACUAGCAAUUCGACCUACAUUAUUUACAGUCUCUCUUCGAUCACGCUCACAGCGAGCUCUCUUGCCGGAUCGGCUGGGACGAUCUCAGCGUCGAGCGUGUUCACGGGUGUCCUCCGACUCGUAAAACUCGAGGAUCCCGGACAUAAAACGAUUCUCGAUAAGCAUUACGAGAUCUACCCAGUCUCCGUCGAGCAAAACUACGACUUGUCAAACACAACAGGCACACUUAGCUUCCACUGGAACACGGUGGGGAAUGGAAGUGAUCUCCUUAUGCUAACCUGGCCACACCACCGGCUUGCAAUGCAGAAAGGAAAUUUCCCAGAUAUAACAGCGCUCGCCUAUUUGACUACGAAGGGAUAUAUGUAUCCAUCUCUUGGGAAUGAAUGGAAUUUGCUCUACAACCUCACAUCAAUAAUAUGGGAUCCCCCACGCGAGCUUGAUUCUUCGUGUUCAUCGGCUGUUCUCCAGGGUCUUGAAUACGAGAUCGGAGAACUUAAUCCUGCAAAUGCUCCAAUCCCUGGUGACUUUUAUUAUUGGGGUGGUUCAAUGAAUGCGAUUGCGCGGUUAGCGGUCAUUGCUGACAACCUCGGACGUACUGAUCUGAUCUUACCGGUUAUCGAUUACCUCGAGGCUUCCUUCGCCCAGUGGUUCAACACCUCAGCGACAACCAUGGCGGCAUACGAAACCGCGUGGGGUGGUGUCAUAAAUAAGGCCGGCGCAAAUAAUUCGUGGGUCGAUUUUGGGAACGGAUACUACAAUGACCACCACUUUCAUUAUGGAUAUUUCCUUGCUGUCGCGGCAGUCAUUGCGAAGUACGACCAGAGCUGGUUGAAUCAACACAGGGACUUUAUUAACUGGUUUGCACGGGACAUCGUAAACCCAUCGGUGAAUGAUCCUUACUUCCCCAUUACUCGGUGCCGAGACUGGUUCGCGGGACACUCUUGGGCUUCUGGAAUCGCGAAUGGUGCGGGAAGCCGGGACCAAGAAUCGAGCGGUGAAGCUAUCAAUGGAUACUACGGCGCGCUUCUUUGGGCAUCUGUCACACUCUCGGACGACAUGGUAAAUUAUGCAAAGCUCCUGCUGGCGACGGAGAUGCACAGUGUACAGGUGUACUGGCAUCUCUAUCCGGAUCAAGCUUCGACAGACCCGAACAAUCCGUAUCCUGAGCAGGGCUUGAGGGACUUGGUCACAAUUGGCAACGUGGAGGAUUGGCAAUCCGGAGCGUGGUUGUUCUGGGGAAGCGAGAAGAGCGAGAUUGCAGCUAUCCAAAUCUUGCCAGUUCAACCUGUAAACGAGAUUCUGUACGACGCCGAAUGGGUUAAGAACGUGUGGAACUAUACGAUGGUCGAACUCGUUGACCCGAGCAUUGGUGAUGAAUGGAAAUCCGUGAUCAUUGAUGCGUACUCAAACGUAAACCCACAGGUCGCAGCUCAGUGGAGUGCGAACAUAACUUCUUGGGGCAGUGGGCAAACAUACACGAACGAGCUCUUCUUCAUCGGAACUCGACCUAACCCAACCGGGGCGCCAAUCUGUAGCAACAACACCCUCCCGUCUAACCCCUACGGAAAGUUCCUCAUACAGGACAUAUCCUCAGGAAAUUACGUUGCCGCGUCUAGCGCGAACACAAACCUAAUCGCCUCAUCUACCUCUACCAGUGGCGCUGCGACGUUCAAUAGCUCCUUCGUGCCCAACGCCGGGACGCUCCAGCUCAUCAGCACGAAAGAGUUCGUGACGGCUGACCAGUCUGGUAACUACACACUCUCUGCGACCCGGAGCACGGCGUCAUCUUGGGAGACGUUCGUGAUCCGCCAGAAGGUUGGAGCAGCAGCGGGUGUGUACUCCAUCCAGGCAGUCAGCAACAGACUGUACAUCACUGUGGAUGGGGAUGGGUCGCUUGUCAACAAUGGUGCGAAUGAGGCGGCGAGUUCUGGAUUUAAAUUCAUCGACGCGUGA